AUGGGCAAGCCCAGGGGCCACGGCAACUGGACGUGGGACAGGUGCCUCACGGAGCAGCGAUGGGCCACCUAUCUCAACAACACCGGCUACUCCCGACCCGGCAACACGGGCGCCAUGGUGUGCCUCUUCGUCACAGAUGCAGAGAGGUCAGUGCAGUGGUCCCCGCUAGUGCACAGUCACUCCACUCUCCUCCAUCCCCUUCCACCCUCCUUCACCCCAAGCACCCACCGUUUGACUCCGUUUCUCCAAGCACAUCCAUACACUCCCGCGUCUGCUCCCGCCGUCACCCAUGCCCCCCGUUCAAACCCACCAAAGCUCCUGGUCUCCUUCCAUGUGCUUGCCACCGCCCGGUGCACUCCUUCCCUCUGCGCCAUCGGAGUGCCCAUCUUGCAGCAUGCGCUGCCACCGAAUCCCACGGAGCAGCAGGCGGAGAAGGUGGUGCUUGGAGCAGUUGGGGCGAAUGUGGAUGUCGUGAUGAUCGCCUGCCACGUGCUGCAAAACCUAUUCACGCCAGGUGCUGUGCUGCUCUGUUCACGCCGGCCCCCUGCUUGCUCCCCGCAUCCCCCCGCAUGCCCCGUCCAUGCACCCUUCCGUGUCUUACAUGCCUUGCUAUCCCCCCUGCACGUCCCUCGCAUCGCAUGUCCCUGCCAUCCCCCAGACCCCAGCAUCACAUUCGAGGUGUAUGAUACCACGGACCCCCGCGGCCUCACAAUGAUCUACGGCCCGGGCCCACGCCUCGUCUUCUACCGAGCGCUCUGUCGUGCCGCUCGACCUGCUUGGGGGCCGCCUGCGGCGCUACCAAGUGUGGUGCCGGUGAGUGUGCUGUGUGGUGUGGUGCCGGUGAGUGUGCUGUGUGGUGUGGUGCCGGUGAGUGUGCUGUGUGGUGUGGUGCCGGUGAGUGUGCUGUGUGGUGUGGUGCCGGCUCCAAGCGCGUGGCUCUCCUGGGGCGUGCCUUUCCUCUGGGCGGCUCUCGCUCUCAUGGUAACGGCUCUGGUGGUGGCGGUGGCGUGGCAGCAGCGGGUGGGGUACGUGCGCAGCGAGGAGAGCAUGGCAGCGGCGGACCAGCUGAGAGGGAAGGCGCGGGCAGCGGAGCGGUCGAAGAGCUCGUUUGUGGCGUCCAUGUCGCACAAGCUGCGCACGCCCAUGCUCAGCAUCGUGGGGCUGCUUGAUGCUAUUGGGGACCGCGGGCUUUCUGCCACGCAGCUGGCAGAUGUGGAUGCGGCGCGCGCUGCCGCGUACGACACGGUGUGGCUCGUCAACCGCGUGCUCGACCUCUCCAAGCUCGAGGCGCGCCGCAUGCCGCUCUGCUGCUCGUCCUUCCACCCGCGCGCGUGGCUGGAGGAGGUCGUGCUGGGCUGCUGUGGGCUGGCACGGGACAAGGGCAUCGAGGUGGCGGGCAUGGUGGAUGUGGGAGUGCCUGCAGUGUUGCACAUGGACACCAUGCGACUCACUCAGGCGCUCAACGAACUCAUAGACAACGCCGUGUGCUACACGACCCGUGGGCACGUGCUGGUGCGAGCGUCUGUGUGCCCUGCCACCACCUCCCUUGAGGACUUCCUCCACCGCCACCUCUACGCCCCGCUGCAACCCUCUCCUCCUCCUCCUCCUCCUCCUCCUCCUCCUCCUCCUCCUCCUCCUCCUCCUCCUCCUCCUCCUCCUCCUCCUCCUCCUCCUCCUCCUCCUCCUCCUCCUCCUCCGCUUCGCCACCCCUGGUGGCUCUCCUGGUUGGCCUGCCUCCACUUGCAGCUGGGUCGACUCUUCAGUGCAGGCACUGCGACGUGCUGGGGGGAGCAGGAGCCACAAGAUGAGAUUGAGGGUGAGGGUGAUGAGGAUUCCUCACACCUGGCCAUGCUGGGAGAGGAGCAGGGGGGGGGGAUGAAGGGCGAUGGUGAAGGGGAUGGUGAAGUGGACGAUGCUGGGUGGAGCAGUGGUGGAGAGGAGAUGCAGCUGGUGCUGUCGUGUGCCGACACGGGCUGUGGGUUUGAUUUUACGGGGGAGGAGCUGUCAGAGUUCAAGGGGCGAUCGGAGAGUGGAGGGGCAGGCCUGGGGCUUGUACUCGUGCACCAGUUGGUGGCCCUCAUGGGUGGCCGCGUUGCCUGUCUCUCCCACCCCGGCACCGGCUCCACCCUCACGGCGCUCAUGCUGGGUGGUGUCGGAGCUCACGUGCACGUGCUGCCCCGUGCCCUGGAUCACUUGCAAAACUUUAACGCCUGUGUUGCCGACGGGGGGACAAGCAGAGCUGAGGGGAGCUGCAAGGAUGCAGCGAGGGCACAGGGGGGGGCGGAGGAGAUGCGAGAAGGUGCGUGCAGAGGGAGUGGCUCGUAUGGUCGGACGGACAGAGGGAUCUGGGAGGACGGGGGAGAGGGUGCUGGUGCGAGCAAGGUAGGGGAUGAAGAUGAGGGUUGGGAGGGCAUGCCAUACGUGGUGGUGGUGAAUGAGGAGGACCUGCGGUGGCAGCAGGGGGGGCGAUCAGCAGCUGGCAUGCACUGGGACAGGGACACCUCGUCGUUGCUGCCUGACACUGCUGCGUCUGCCAGUGCUGCUGCUGCUGCUCCCCGUGUGGUGGUGUGCUUCCGCCCUCUGCUCUCCCACCACCUGCACCAGGCCGUCCAGGUGUCACAGGUGUCAGAGCUGCCAGGUGUCAGAGCUGCUCUGCUGUCAGCUGCACCUUGCCUCGGCGCCGCCAGUACCGUUCACCUCGCCUUCCCCCACACCUUUCUUUCCCCAACGCAGGUGGCAGCGUUUGGAAUGGAUUCCAAUAAUGCAUGGCACGGCAGUGCAGAGUGCGAGUGGCAGGUUAGCCCUGAGCCUGCCCGGCAAUCACAGCAGGGCAGGCCGCAGGAGAGUGGUGAGGGGAGGUCAGAGCAGCGAAGCUCAGGCAGACAGUGGAUUGAAGAGAAGGGUGAUGAGCCGCAGCAGGGUGGCAGCAUCAGGGAUGAGACUAGGGGUGAUGACAGUUGUGGCGAGGCCCGGCUGGGUGACAGCAUGAGUGCACGUAGAGUGAGGAGGAGCGCGAGUGAGCAUGCUGCAAGCCUGGCAGGAUUUCAGCCUACUAGCUGCAUGGCAAGUCGGAGGGCAGCAGCAGCAGGGUUGGUGGCAGCAUCCGGGGCGGCAGGGGGGGUGCUUGAGGGGCAGCGCGUGCUGGUGGUGGACGACACGGCAGUGAACCUGCUGGUGGCCCGCCGCACUCUCACCCGUUGCGGCGCCACCGUCAGCACGGCGGGCAGCGGGGAGGAGGCGGUGCGGAUGGUGGCAGCGGCUGUGAGUGCGGCAAGCGAUGGCGCGGCGGCGCAUGGCAGCGCUGUGCUGGAUGUGGUGCUCAUGGACCUGCACAUGCCCGCCAUGGAUGGGUGA